CAUGAUGUAACUCCAUCCCUGUCCCCUCCCCACGUCGCCGGCUUUAUUGUUCUUCGUGUCAGUUCUUGCUAGUGGACAUUUAAUUCUAAUUCACGUCUCACUCCCUCCCCCACUGUGAGCCCCACGUGGCAGAGACCCCUGCGGAGCCGCGCGGGCCGGAGGAGGCUGCGGAGCAUCGCUCUGACCUGAGCUGGGGACGCUGCGGAGGCGCAGCACGUUCCUCUGCCCAGAGCUGAUGGGCACCGGCCUGUCUUUUGCUGCAGGUCCCGGGGGAGACUCAGGGGCCUGGGAUCCCCCAUUUAGCCACAGGGCGGGGGGGAUCAGGUUCACUCUGAAAGUCCAGAGCACGAUGUUUGGGAAACGGCCCCGCCCGCAGCCUCCGGGACCGCGGGGCGCCCCUGCUACCACCCUGCGCGGCGUCGGCCCCGUCCCCGCGAGCGCCCGGAAGCCCCUGGCCGUGGGCCGCACCGGAGCUGCGCAAGGCGACUGUUCUGCGCCUCGCCUCGGGGUUCGGACCCGGCGCUGGGCGCGGUCACGCGGGGCGCUGCGCACGACGUCCGGCGGCCACAGAGCGCGGCCAUCGAGUCCCGCCCCGGCGCAGCGCCCCCUCCCGGGCCCGCGACACACGCCCUCGGGGUCGGUCCUCGAGGACACGCAGCGCCCCACGCACCCACCAGGACGCACGUUUUAAGCUCAUCAGUGAAGGUUCCUUAAAUUCCCGAAGGGCAAGAAGUUAACCAAGUAAAACAGCACCGGAACACCAGGAUCCCACGAGAGAUUCCGUUGUCACAUCUCCUUCCAGAGUUUGAACGGUGCUGAACUGUCAGCACCAUCUGUCCGGUCCCAGCAUGCCUUCUGAGACCCCCCAGGCGGAAGUGGGGCCCACAGGUUGCCCCCACCGCUCAGGGCCAUACUCGGCGAAGGGGAGCCUGGAGAAGGGGCCCCCAGAGGGUAAGGAAGCCAAGGAGCCCCUGUGGAUCCGGCCCGAUGCUCCGAGCAGGUGCACCUGGCAGCUGGGCCGGCCUGCCUCCGAGUCGCCGCAUCGCCACACUGCCCCGGCAAAAGCUCCAAAAAUCUUGCCAGAUAUUCUGAAGAAAAUCGGGGACACCCCUAUGGUCAGAAUCAACAAGAUUGGGAAGAAGUUCGGCCUGAAGUGUGAGCUCCUGGCCAAGUGUGAGUUCUUCAAUGCGGGCGGGAGCGUGAAGGACCGCAUCAGCUUGCGGAUGAUUGAGGAUGCUGAGCGCGACGGGACGCUGAAGCCCGGGGACACGAUUAUCGAGCCGACAUCCGGGAACACCGGGAUCGGGCUGGCCCUGGCUGCGGCAGUGAGGGGCUAUCGCUGCAUCAUCGUGAUGCCGGAGAAGAUGAGCUCCGAGAAGGUGGACGUGCUGCGGGCACUGGGGGCUGAGAUUGUGAGGACCCCCACCAAUGCCAGGUUCGACUCCCCAGAGUCACACGUGGGGGUGGCCUGGCGGCUGAAGAACGAAAUCCCCAAUUCUCACAUCCUAGACCAGUACCGCAACGCCAGCAACCCCCUGGCUCACUAUGACACGACCGCUGAUGAGAUCCUGCAGCAGUGUGAUGGGAAGCUGGACAUGCUGGUGGCUUCAGUGGGCACGGGCGGCACCAUCACUGGCAUUGCCAGGAAGCUGAAGGAGAAGUGUCCUGGAUGCAGGAUCAUUGGGGUGGAUCCCGAAGGCUCCAUCCUCGCGGAGCCAGAGGAGCUGAACCAGACAGAGCAGACAACCUACGAGGUGGAAGGGAUCGGCUACGACUUCAUCCCCACGGUGCUGGAUAGGACGGUGGUGGACAAGUGGUUCAAGAGCAACGACGAGGAGGCGUUCACCUUUGCCCGCAUGCUGAUCGCGCAAGAGGGGCUGCUAUGUGGUGGCAGUGCCGGCAGCACGGUGGCGGUGGCCGUGAAGGCCGCGCAGGAGCUGCAGGAGGGCCAGCGCUGCGUGGUCAUUCUGCCCGACUCAGUGCGGAACUACAUGACCAAGUUCCUGAGUGACAGGUGGAUGCUGCAGAAGGGCUUUCUGAAGGAGGAGGACCUCAUGGAGGAGAAGCCCUGGUGGUGGCACCUCCGCGUUCAGGAGCUGAGUCUGUCAGCCCCACUGACCGUGCUCCCGACCGUCACCUGUGAGCACACCAUUGAGAUCCUCCGGGAGAAGGGCUUCGACCAGGCGCCCGUGGUGGACGAGGCGGGGGUGAUCCUGGGAAUGGUGACGCUUGGGAACAUGCUGUCGUCCCUGCUUGCCGGGAAGGUGCAGCCGUCAGACCAAGUUGGCAAAGUCAUCUACAAGCAGUUCAAACAGAUCCACCUCACGGACACGCUGGGCAGGCUCUCGCACAUCCUGGAGAUGGACCACUUCGCCCUGGUGGUGCACGAGCAGAUCCAGUACCACAGCACUGGGAAGUCCAGUCAGCGGCAGAUGGUGUUCGGGGUGGUGACCGCCAUUGAUUUGCUGAACUUCGUGGCCACCCAGGAGCGGGACCAGAAGUGAAGUCCGGAGCGCUGGGCGGUGCGGAGCGGGCCCGCCAUCCUCGCCCACUUCUUCGCUUUCCUGAGCCCUAAACACACACGUGAUUGGUAACUGCCUGGCCUGGCACCCGUUAUCCCUGCAGACGGCACGGAGCAUCCGUCUCCCCUCAUUAACACAUGGCUUCCUAAAUGACCCUGUUUACGGCCUAUGAGAUGAAAUAUGUGAUUUUCUCUAAUGUAACUUCCUCUUAGGAUGUUUCACCAAGGAAAUAUUGAGAGAGAAGUCGGCCAGGUAGGAUGAACACAGGCAAUGACUGGGCAGGGGGGAUUAAAGGCAAAAGAGAGAAGAGUCCAGGAAGGGGGCGGGGAGAAGCCUGGGCGGCUGAGCAUCCUCCACGGGCAGCGCCGUCUGCUCGGGGCUGAGCCGGCGAGAGCAGUUUGAGAGUUUGGGUUUUUUAAUUGAGAUGAAAUUCAAAUAACCUAAAAAUCAAUCACUUUAAAGUGAACAAUCAGCGGCAUUUAGUACAUCCAGAAAGUUGUGUAGGCACCACCUCUGUCACGUUCCGGAACCUUCUGUCAUCACCCCAUGAAGCAAUCAUUUCCCCUCCUGUCUUCCUCUCCCCUGGCAACUGCUAAUCGACUUUGUGUCUCUGUUGUCUAAAAUAGGUUUUCCCUGUUCUGGACAUUUCAUAUAAAUGGAAUCACACAA